AUGGCUCGUGUUGCGAAAAUGCCGCUGUCAAAACAGCAUGGGUCGUCGAAUCUUCGAUACGCACGUUCCGUUCGUAGCCAAGGUAUAGCGAAGAAGUUUAGUACGAAGGCAAGGAAGUGCGGCUCGUGCAUUCCAAGUUUGCAAGCGCCUAGUGACAUCGACCUCAAGCCACACGUGCCCUUAAACCUAUCAAAUGGCGCACUUACUCAAGAGCACAUCUACGAUCUCAAAUCCUCGGGAGACAUGUUGUUGCCAUACCGGAAGAAAAUGUCACUGGAAUAA